AUGUGUCCUCGCAAACCGCGUUCCAAAACCCGUCCAUGUCCUGUUAUAAAUGUUUUUUUGUCGUACGAUGUUCAACACAGGCUGAGUCUAACUCCAGAUGGCGCUCUAACCAUAAGAGCAGCUCUCCCAGAGGAUGCUGGGAACUACACAUGUCUGGCGACCAAUGACGCUGGAACGGCCUCUCAGUCCGUGACGCUGGUUUUUACAGAGCUUCCAAGGAUAACGGUGCUCCAGCAGGUGGUGCUAGUGUCCGUCGGUGGCGAUGCCGUUCUGGAGUGUCAGGCCUCAGGUGCCCCCCCCCCGCUCAUCCACUGGUACAAAGGGGAGCUGGAGGUGGGCUCCGCUCCUUUCUUUCACCAGGACCCCCAGCGGGGGACUCUUCAGAUCCAGGGCGUGCAGGAGGUGGACGCCGGUCAGUACCGCUGUGUGGCCAGCAGCUCAGCUGGAACCACCGCUGGUCGGGUGACCCUGCAGGUCGGAUCUGCUCCGAUCUUCUCUGAAGCUCCGGUCGACGUCGCCGCGAGCAUCGGGGAGAACGUCACUCUUCCCUGCGUGGCCCGAGGUUUUCCAUCGCCCACGGUGACCUGGCUGAGGGCGGACGGCACGCGGGUUCCUGAAGGAACCGACGGCUACAGCAGGAUACGUCAGCUGGAGGACGGACACCUGUCAAUCAACGGUGUUUGGUUGGACGAUGGAGGUCUGUACGUCUGUGAGGUCGUCAACCAGUUUGGAAGAAGCAGAACUGAGGCCAGAGUCACCGUCACUGGACUGGGUAGGCUGUGUCUGUGA